UAUCCAACCAUUCCCCCUUUUUAACGUCAAGUGCCUAAUACAGAACCGAAGAACCAUGUCUGCUGAACAGAUUAUUGAGAACCAAGAAGUUGAAGUUGCAGUUGAAUCUACGAAUGGAGGUAUGUCUGUUGAAGACGCCCUUCAGGAGGUUCUUCGUCGUGCCUUGGUUCACGAUGGUCUUGCUCGCGGCUUGAGGGAGGCUGUCAAGGCUUUGGACAGACGCCAGGCUCAUCUGGCUGUUCUGUGCGAGUCCUGCACCGAACAGGAGUACGUGAAGCUUAUUGAAGCACUUUGUGCCGAACACAAUAUUAAUCUCAUCAAGGUUGCUGACCCCAAGAAGCUAGGUGAAUGGGUCGGUCUUUGCAAGAUUGACAGAGAAGGAAAUGCCCGUAAAGUUGUUGGCUGCUCAUCCGUUGCUGUUACUGAUUUCGGGGAGGAGUCUGAAGCUAUGAAUGUUCUUUUGGAUUACUUCAAGACUCGUUAAUUGAUGAAUUAAUAAUAGUAGUAAUAAACUGAAGUCCCUGACGUGAAAAGGGAUUCACAAUCACCUUUUUUUCUUAAUGCUCUGUUCUCUUCUCUACUU